CUGUAAUUUCAGAGAACAUCCACAAGAAAGCUCAAUCGAAGAAGAAAAAGCCAGAGACCAUGAGGGUACUAACACUGUUGAUGCUGCUUCUGGCAAUCUAUGCUACAGUAGCAUACGAGGAACCAUUCGAUGACGACGAAGAUGAUAAUACUGAUGGCGAACUAGACCCCGAUGACGAUACACCAAGACAAACAGGCGACCGAUGUGGAAGAAGCAACGCUUGUGCGCAGGGCCUCGACUGCAUCCGAUCUCCCGUUUUGCGACGAUGCUUUCCCAUAAACUGUGGUGUGGAUGCCAUUCGAACUGCUAUGGAUCAGACUGGAUUUGACUUGGCAUCCUAUGGACGCAAGAUCAUGGCAGAGGCGGGGGUUGAAAAAGACAAUCUACCAUUCAAAAGAUUCCCGGAUCCAUUCAACAUCAAUCUUUUUGACAGAGAUAAUCGUGAAGAGGAUAUUCAAGCACUGGCCACAGCCAUUGAAGAGAAUGAGCCUCCAAUCGAUCUGAUUCUCCAAGGAUUCAACAACUGCACGGGUGGCGGGGAAACAACCGACGGCGAGGCAACGGUGGCCGGUGUCACGCCCUACUUUGGAGCUAGUUGGGAGUUAGGAGCUGGACCGACGUACAAUGCAGAUAUCUUUUGGGGACAAGGAACCGCAGACGCCGUUGGCCUUGGUAUUCUGAACAAUUGCUUUGGUAUCGUGCUAGGAGUUGAUGCAGGUAUUGCGGGGUUGAUUGGUCUGGCCUUUACAGGCACUAUUCAAGAUCUAGCAGUUGGCUGCAAGCAAGCUUUUCCCGUAGCAAGUUUCCCACCCUUUGAUCUUCAGCUUGGAGUUAUUUUGAGUGAGAGCCCCACGUUCCUCAUGGAAUUUACCGGUGGAGCAUCUGCCAGUACUGGAUUGCCAGGUUAUACAACGUGCACAACAACAGUUCUCUAGCUAGCUUCAUUGUGGGAGCAUGUUUGGAGCAUGGCCUGCAAGGGCAGAAAGAGUCCUGGAUACUAGAUGUUUCAUACGGUAUAACCCACCCUACGGUACCGUACUACUAGCUAGACCUUUGUCAUCCCAUUG